CUUCCGAAACCACUUGCUCCGAGGACGUGUGGAUGUAGGGUGCAGUCCGCCGUGUCUCCGUGGCGCAGGACAGGACGGUCGCCACGCCUUCAGGGACACCUUUAACACGGCCAGCAGCUUCCGUCUCUUCCCUCUGUCCGCCGGCAGCCGCCUGCCCACCGCCGCAACAUUUAAUUCAACAUUUGUUGAACACGCACAGCAGGCGUUUCCCCACUUCCAUCCAUCGGGCUGUGCCCCUGGAGUCCGGCUCUGUACUUCUCCCACGGAUGCGUGCUGGACGGGCUGUUCCGUGAGCCUCCGCUGAACCGGGGAAUACCUGCUGAUUGACGUCGGGAUCACUUCGGAUCAGACAUGGGGAUCAGAGUGUAGUGCCGUCAGGAAUGCCCCAGACUGUAUGCUCAGGCACCAUGUUUACCACUCCCAGUGGCUUCAGCCCUCAUCUGGCCUGUGCUGAGCCUGGGGAGGAGGAGGAGGCCCCGCAGGAAGGCCCGGGGCCCGGGGCUUGCCUGGCCGACGGGCCCCCCAUCACCUCCGCCUCUCUGGACACGCUCAUCCAGAACUUGGUGCCCACUGCCGAUUACUACCCCGAGAAAGCCUAUGUGUUUACCUUCUUGCUGAGCGCUCGUCUGUUCAUUCCUCCGCCGGAGCUGCUGGCCAGGGUGUGCGAGCUGUGCAUCAAGCAGCAGCAGCUGGACCAGAGCCCGCUCGACACGGCAAAAGUGCGCAAGUUUGGGCCGAAGAUCCUGCAGCUGCUGACGGAAUGGACAGAGACGUUCCCGUCGGACUUCAGGGACGAGAAGAUGGUCGGACUCCUGAAAGACAUAAUACACAGAAUAGCCCCGUGUGAUGAGGCUUACUGGAAAACCCUGAAUCAGGUGCUGCAGAAACUCACCCAGAGGCUGGCUGUGAUGAGCCAGGGGGAGGAGAGCAUUGUCAAGGUCUCCCUCAACGCCUCCUCCAUCUCUGACAAGCUGGUGGCCUUCAAGACCAAGCCCCCGCCCAUCCAGAAGGACAUGCUCUCCAUCUGCAACGACCCCUACACACUGGCACAGCAGCUCACCCACGUGGAGCUGGAACAUUUGAGUCAUAUCGGGCCAGAGGAAUUUGUCCAGGCUUUUGUCCAGAAGGAUCCACUAGAUGGAACGCAGCCAUGUUUCAGCGACCAGAAGAAGAAAACCACCAACCUGGAGGCUUAUGUUCGAUGGUUCAACAGACUGUGUUACCUGGUUGCCACGGAGAUCUGCAUGCCAGCAAAGAAGAAGCAGCGGGCCCAGGUGAUCGAGUUCUUCAUCGAUGUGGCGAGGGAGUGUUUCAACAUCGGAAACUUCAACUCUCUCAUGGCCAUCAUCUCUGGCAUGAACAUGAGUCCUGUGUCACGGCUGAAGAAGACUUGGGGCAAAGCCAAAACCGCCAAGUUCUUCAUCCUUGAGCAUCAGAUGGAUCCCACGGGGAAUUUUUAUAACUACAGGACCGCCCUGAGGGGGGCCGCCCAUCGCUCGCAGACCGCCAACAGCAACAGAGAAAGGAUUGUGAUCCCCUUCUUCAGUCUGCUGAUAAAAGACAUUUAUUUCCUGAAUGAAGGAUGCGCCAAUCGGCUGCCAAACGGUCACGUCAACUUUGAGAAAUUUGUGGAGCUGGCCCGGCAGGUCGGCGAGUUCAUGACGUGGAAACAGGUGGAGUGUCCGUUCGAGGAGGACGGAGGCAUCCUGCACUACCUCCACACCGCGCCCAUCUUCAGCGAGGACGGGCUUUAUUUGGCAUCCUAUGAGAGCGAGAGUCCAGAGAACCAGGUAGAGAAGGACAGGUGGAAAGCACUCAGGUCGAACGUCCUGGGGAAGACAUGAGCCGUGACGGCAGCUGAGCCUCCAAGCGACGAGAGAGCGUGACGAGUUCUCUUUGCACUAAACCGGACUGUGAAGAAACCUAGCUGGUACUUAGGUGUUUUUCUAUGAAAAAAAAAAAAAUUGUGAAUCAAAAGAAACACGAUGAACAGGAUUCAUCAGACAGAGUGUAAAGAGAAGGGAAAAAAAAAGGAAGAAAAAAACAUGUUACAGACAGUGAAGUGAAAACGUUAAGCUAAAGAACAAAAUGAGGUACCGUAUGUCGGAGAGGGACGCGGCUUCUCCUCCCCCUCCCUUCGAUGUGCAUUUACUCUGUGAAAAUGUUUACUACUAUAGAGAGAACAGUUACAGGGAAAACCACUUUAUACAAUGAGAUUCCUACUGACGCUGUCUGUUGUUUUUGUAUAUGCUUCUCCCCCACCCCAACCCAUUCUCUUUUCCCCGCUCCCUUUGGUCCAGAGUAUUUAAUUUCACCCCCCCCCCCCGAUUUCUCUUUAUUGUACUGUAAUGACACUUAAAAAUGAAGGGCGCUGGCUAGCCCGUAUCAACUGUCAGAUUUUAUAGGUCUACUGAAGGAAUGGCAACUGGGGUGUGUCUGUGGAGUCAA